GGUGCCGCUACAUUCUAGCAGUCCUGGCAGACCUCAGCCCUCCAACAGUGAGGCACAUCAGCCCGGAUCUUAAUUGACCUAACAGGUGUGAAAGAUGUUCGACUUGAGGACGAAGAUUAUGAUCGGCAUUGCUAGCACUUUGCUGGUUGCUGCAAUUGUGCUGAUAACUGUUGUCCUCUGUCUUUACCUGAAAAUAUCCAAGGCCCUCAAAACCGCAAGGGAGGCUGAAAGCUGCAUGGAUCCAUGCAAGGACCCCCAUGAGAAGAUCAUCCGGGCCAAGCCCAUUAUUGCUGAGACCUGUCGUCCCCUCCAGUGUUGUGAUGACUGUAACAUCUAUAAGGAUGUUGGCUCCCUGCCACCAUGCUUUUGUGGCACAAAUGAGGGACUCUGACAUGGCAAUGGUGGACACAAAAAUCUUCACAAUCAG